CUCGUAUAUUUUUCAAUUUAAUUUGACGAGUAUUUCGCCUUGCGUUUUAACUAAUUUCAGCAACACAAUCAAAUUAAGGGGAUGCGUCACUGGUUUUUAAUUUAAUCYGUACUUCCCUUCGUCAAUUUGAGAUUCAUUUCGGCUAACGGAAGCUCUUUCAAUCCAAUGCAAUAAUACAGAACUACACACUUGGAAACACUCAGAUCAGGACAUUCCUUUAACAGUACUUAACGUCUGGUUACGUCGAUUUARAUGUCAGUGAGAGGAUGAAUUCGACAGAGAAAAAUUAUGCCAACCUUGAAAGGAUCUACAGCAAAGUCGAGGUGUUUUCUGCRUAUAUCUUGAUAGUGUUGUCACCAGUUACUGUGAUUACAAAUGGAGCUUUUCUUUUAGUCUURUACAGAAAUACAAGAAUCUUCAGAAAGACUCCAACAAUUGCAUUCAUAGUGGGCCUGUCUCUUGCCGACUUCUUCACAGGUUUGCUGGUCGAACCAGCCUUUGCUGCKCACUAUUUCCUGAUGUAUUACAAACCUAACUCAAGCUCAUUGAAAACAACRAAACUAAUAUACAUUAUAGGAGGAACAAUCUCAACUAUAGCGAUCAGUACAUCUUAUGUUACAGUCUUAGCAAUGUCACUAUCCCAAUAUAUUGCUAUCAGAUACCCACAUAGAUAYAAAUCUAUUAUAACUACAAAGCGAGUCAUCCGUCUUCUUGUUCUUAGCGGCUUUUACUUUUUGGCGUUUAGCUUAAUCCAGUACACAGGAAUCAGUCGCCGUAAAUUCCUUCUGAUGGACGCUAUACUUCAUCCGACCUUAAUUUCAUGUUGUCUUAUAGUAGUUCAAGUCCUUAUCCAUCAAGCAUUUAAAAAACACGUUGCAAAGCCAGCACGAACRAGGAUGGACACACUCCAAUUCAGAGAAACACCAGGCUUUAGUCCUUCUACUAGCCAUACGACAAGAGCAGGUACACCUAUAAAAUUACCUAAAGCAAAUUCUAUCAUUGUAACUGAUAGCGCUGGAUUGUGCGUCAAAACGACGAAGUCAAAAGAUUUAUUGGAUAACGAUGAGRCUAAAGUGAGCGCAAAGAAACCCAAGUUGAARCCCACUAAAAAAUCUAUAAAACAAUCUGURCUUGACGGCGAARUUUAUGAAAUGGAUKCAGUAAAAACUUCUACCACCCAGGAAACAAARCCMAACGAGAUCUACUCAUCGUUAAGACGAAAAAAAGCUCCAGUUGAAAAACAAUUCGCAGUAAUGAGUUUUUACUUGUCAGCAAUAUUAUUAGUUUCGUCCAUUUCUCAUGCAAUAGCGUUUUAUAUCUUUCUACUAAAAACACCCGAAAGUUUUAGUGAAAAUGUAAGUAUCCACAUCGCACUUAGAGUKACUGACGUAAUGUUGUUCAUCAAGGUUUGUUUAGAUGCAUUUAUCUUUGCCUGGAGGCUGCCAGGUUUUAAAACAAUCUGGAAAACUACUGGUGCUAGUGUAUUAUGGACACCUCAGAAAAUAUGAGCAAUUCUAGMGAUCCGACUCAAUCACAGAAAAACAGGAAAACGAUAGCAAAACGACG